UCUGCUCUGUUAGCUUCACACUCUCUUUUAGCUCCACCGAAGCUUCAGAGAGAGAAAAAUGGCGAAGACCGAGCGCACAGUGCUACAGUUCUCGCCGACAUUGACGGCCAAGGUUCAUCCUCUCGUCAUCUUCAACAUCUGCGACUGCUACGUCCGCCGCCCUGACCAGACCGAGCGCGUCAUCGGCACGCUCCUCGGCUCCGUCCUGCCCGAUGGCACUGUCGACAUCAGAAACUCCUACGCCGUUCCUCACAGCGAGAACUCCGAGCAGGUUGCUUUGGAUAUUGAUUACCAUCACAAUAUGCUGAUAUCUCAGCAAAAGGUGAACCCUAAGGAAGUCAUUGUUGGAUGGUACUCAACUGGUCUUGGAGUUACUGGUUGUAGUGUGUUAAUCCAUGACUUCUAUUCUAGUGAGGUUCCCAAUCCAGUUCAUUUGACCGUUGAUACGGGAUUCAGUAAUGGAGAGGGUGCACUAAAGGCAUAUGUUUCAUCAAAUUUGUCUCUGUCUUUUGGAGAAACAAAGCAAAGGCAAGGAGAUCGUCAACUUCCUCUAGCAGCACAGUUUCAAGAAAUUCCUCUUGAUCUUCGCAUGGUUGAAGCUGAGCAAGUUGGAUUUGAUAUUCUCAAGCCAACAAUGACUGACAAGCUUCCAACUGAUUUGGAAGGAAUGGAAGCCUCAAUGGAGCGGCUACUUGCUUUAAUUGAUGAUGUCUAUAAAUAUGUUGACAAUGUUGAUGAGGGACGUGUUGCACCGGAUAAUAAUGUAGGGCGGUUUCUAUGGGAUGCUGUAGAAUCUCUUCCAAAAUUGUCUCCAGCAGUUUUUGAUAAGCUAGUGAAUGACAGCUUGCAGGACAAUAUGCUUUUGUUAUAUUUGUCGAGUAUCACCAGGACACAGCUUACCCUAGCUGAAAAGUUGAACACAGCUGCUCAGGUUCUGUAAGGCCUAUCCACUUAGAAGAUCUAUGUCCCAAAACAAUUUUUCAUACAAAGUCUUAUUAGUGAUAUAUGGCCUUCUGUGGCCAUAAUUUUCUGAGAAGGUUGUAAUACUUUUGUUUUAUUUUGAAUAUAGGUAGGGAUUUCAAUGUUAUCAAGAAUUUCUUCUGGUUUAAAUCUAGGAACAUGACCUCUUAUUGUUUGACUGCCUAAA